UAAUAGUCUUUAAUUUUUUAUUUUGAAAAGUCGUCAAUACAUUAUUUUAGUGUGGAUGUGUGGGAGAGAGAUAAAAGGUUUAACCUUUUUCAUGUUUGGCUUUUGGUUUCUCUGCCAUCCCUUUUGAAAGUUGAAACCUUUUCAUAUUUCUUCCUUUUGGUGCCUUUUUCAACACUGACAAACAGCUGGUCAAGAGCUCUAUGCUGUAGAACUAGAAGCUGGUUAGGGUUUUUCUUCUUUUCUCUCUCUCUGUCUCUCUUUUCUCUGUCUCAUUUGGACGGUCUUUUAUGGUGUUUCUGUCAUUUUUUCCUUGAUGGGUUUUUGCUCUAGAGAUGAAUAGGAAGGUGCGAACGGUGGAUCAGAUAGAAAGACUUUGUUUCUUUUUUCUUUGUCUUUUCUGUUUCUUGAAUUUCUAUUUCUUCUAGAGAGAGAGAGAAACUGCAAAUAAAAAGUCAUGCAUGGGGCGUUGACAAUAGAACAGCUUUUUAUCUUUUUCUCUAUCUGAUGAAAAAUGCUAGUUAAAAUCUUGGAUUAUACCCUGGAUGUUACUGAAGGUGUAAGGUCAAUACUUAGUAGGCAAGAAAGAGUAACAAAAUCUACGCACAUCUUCUGCAAAAACUGAUAGUGACCUUCUCAAUACACCCCAGAUAAAGCAAGAGUCAGAGAGAUAGAUUAAAAAAAGGGUUUCUUUCUGUUUUUCCAUUUGGAUGAGGUUUGGGGUUUUGAUGAUCCGAAACAGUGUUGAUACUGGUGGUGAUAUCAUGCAUAGUGAUGCCAUCGCUAAGCCACUCCUCACUCCAACUGUUCCCAAAUCACCUGCCCUCUCUCUCUCUAUUAAAGGCAAGAAGAUGGAUAAUCAUGGUGAUAUGGGUUUACUAGGGGAACACUUUGAUCCUAGCUUAGUUGGGAGAUUGAAGGAGGAUGGCUAUGAGAGCAGGUCUGGCAGUGAUAAUCUUGAAGGUGCAUCUGGGGAUGAUCAAGAAGCUGGAGAGGAUCAACGGCCUCGGAAAAAGAAAUACCAUAGGCAUACUCCUCUUCAAAUACAAGAACUUGAAGUUUGCUUCAAGGAGUGUCCUCAUCCGGAUGAGAAACAAAGAUUGGAGCUUAGCAGGAGGCUUGGUUUGGAAAGCAAACAAAUCAAAUUUUGGUUCCAGAAUAGGCGAACCCAAAUGAAGACUCAACUGGAACGUCAUGAAAACAUAAUCCUCAGACAAGAAAAUGAUAAGCUUCGGGCUGAGAAUGAGUUGUUGAGUCAGAAUAUGACUGAUCCCAUGUGCAACGGUUGUGGUGGCCCUGUGGUUCCUGGCCCGGUAUCUUUUGACCAACAACAAUUAAGGAUUGAAAAUGCUCGUCUCAAGGAUGAAUUAGGUCGUGUUUGUGCUUUAGCCAACAAGUUUUUAGGCAGGCCGCUCUCUUCCUCAGCCAAUCCUAUCCCACCCUUUGGUUCAAAUUCCAAGUUGGAACUUGCAGUUGGGAGAAAUGGAUAUGGGGAUUUAGGCAACGUUGAGAGUACAUUUCAAAUGGGACUUGAUUAUAAUGAUGCGAUAACGAUGCCCUUAAUGAAGCAGUUGACUGGUCCUAUGGUCAGUGAAGUUCCUUAUGAUAGAUCUAUGAUGAUUGAUCUUGCGGUGGCAGCUAUGGAUGAACUGGUUAAAAUAGCUCAGAUUGAUAACCCCCUAUGGAUCAAAAGCUUGGAUGGAGGUAAGGAUACCCUAAACUAUGAGGAGUAUAUGAGGACCUUUUCUCCUUGUAUCGGUAUGAAACCCAACAGCUUUAUUCCUGAGGCCACAAGGGAUACUGGUAUCGUUAUCAUCAAUAUCUUGGCUCUUGUUGAGAUAUUGAUGGAUGUGAAUCGAUGGUUAGAAGCAUUUCCCAGCCUAAUUGCUAGAGCCUCCACAAUUGAUGUUAUAUCAAGUGGCAUGGCUGGAACUAAAAAUGGUGCUCUGCAAGUGAUGAAUGCUGAGUUUCAAGUUGUUUCACCUUUGGUCCCUGUGCGACAAGUGAGGUUCCUUCGUUUUUGCAAGCAGCACUCGGAGGGUGUCUGGGUUGUAGUUGAUGUUUCCAUCGAUGCAAACCUAGAAAGUUCAAAUGCACACCCAUUUGCUGCCUGCAGGAGACUUCCUUCUGGUUGUAUCUUGCAAGAGAUGCCCAAUGGUUGCUCCAAGGUUACUUGGGUGGAACAUUCAGAGUAUGAUGAGAGUGCAGUUCAUCAACUCUACAGGUCAAUACUUAGUUCUGGCAAGGGCUUUGGUGCUCAGAGGUGGGUUGCCACCCUACAAAGGUACUGCGAGUGUAUGACAAUCCUUAUGUCUCCCACCAUUUCAGGUGAAGAUCAAACAGUGAUGAGUCUAAGUGGUAAGAAAAGCAUGUUAAAGCUGGCACAGCGCAUGGUGGAUAACUUCUGUUCUGGGGUUUGUGCUUCAUCGCUACGCAAGUGGGACAAGCUUCUAGUUGGAAAUAUAGGUGAAGAUGUGAGGAUUUUGACUCGAAAAAAUAUCAAUGACCCUGGCGAGCCUCCCGGUAUUGUCUUGAGUGCUGCAACUUCUGUUUGGUUGCCAGUUAUGAGGCAGAGAUUAUUUGAUUUCUUGCGAGAUGAACGAUCUAGGUGUGAAUGGGACAUUUUAUCCCAUGGUGGGAUGUUGCAAGAGAUGGUCCACAUUUCCAAGAGUCACAGUCGAGCAAAUUGUGUUUCUCUCUUGCGUUCAACUGCUGUUAGUCCAAAUGCAAACGACAGCAGCAUGCUAAUAUUGCAAGAAACAUGGCAUGAUGUGGCUAGCUCUCUAGUGGUGUAUGCACCAGUUGACAUACCAUCAAUGAGCGUAGUGAUGAAUGGUGGAGAUUCAACUUAUGUGGCUCUAUUGCCAUCAGGGUUUGUGAUUCUUCCGGAUGAUUCAUCAAGCCAAGGUGGUUCAAAUUUCUGCAAUGGGACAUUGGUGAAGAGAGAUAGUGAUGGCGGUGAUGGAGGAGGAUGUAUUCUUACAGUUGGAUUCCAAAUCUUGGUGAAUAACCUUCCUACAGCCAAACUCACAGUGGAAUCAGUCGAGACUGUCAACAAUCUCAUUUCUUGCACAAUUCAGAGGAUCAAAGCAGCUUUGCAAAUAACAUAGCUUGAAGGGAUACGUAGCUCAUAAUGCUUUUCGUUAUUUUGUUUUUUGGUUUUUUUUUUGUUUUUGGGUUUUGGCUACUGAACAUAGUAUGAAGAAAGUAUAGCAGAUAGAAGUAUGAAAUGGAGGGAGAGCCUGAAAUGAUAAUCUCGCAUGAAAAAGGGAUUUCAAGUCAAGAACGAACCGCAAUUGGACAGAACUUUUGCUGGAGAUCAUCUUGUGGAGGUCGUUCACGUGCAUCGCGGUUUUGAUUUUAGAGGUGGCAAAUUUACGACGGGUGGUGGUGGUUCGGGUAUUGACUUGGUUGGACCUCUGAGGUGCUCAGCUCUCACUUGACAACUGUUUCUGUUUAAUCUUACAUAGAAGGAAAAGAAAAAGAAAAGAAAGGAGAAUGGAGUAAUGACUGCUCAGACUGUUUAAACUAAACUUUUCAGAGUUUUAGCCUUCAGGUUGUCAUUUUGACUAAUUUUUGUUGUUUUCUUUGGUGAAGGUGUCUUCAUAAUUGUUUAUCCCCUUUCGUUUUUUCCUAUUUCUGCACAUUAAGUAUGUGUAUUUAAAGUUAAUACAAAAGCUGAAAUCUUGGUCACA